AUGGCACAGUCUAUGAAGAAGGUUACCGAGUGGGGGCAGAACUUUCAAAAUGACGGCAACGCCAAUCUUCUUUCUGUCGCCUACAAGAAUGUCGUUGGUGCACGCCGUUCGAGCUGGCGUGUUAUCUCAUCUAUUGAGCAGAAGACGGAAGGUUCUGAGAAGAAGCAGCAGAUGGCCAAAGAAUAUCGCGAGAAAGUCGAGAAGGAACUUCGAGACAUCUGCCAGGACGUAUUGAAUUUGCUGGACAAAUUUCUUAUCCCAAAGGCCGGUAAUCCUGAGUCGAAAGUGUUUUACCUCAAGAUGAAGGGUGACUACUACAGGUACCUCGCUGAGGUUGCAUCCGGAGAAGACCGUAGCUGUAAGUUUCGAGGCAAUUUUUGUGUCGUGCUCUAA